AUGGUUCUCGCGGAGUUAGGUGGGAGCAUUUCGCGUGCUCUUCAGCAGAUGAGCAAUGCGACCAUCAUCGACGAGAAAGUCCUCAACGAUUGCCUCAAUGACAUCACGCGCGCACUCCUCCAAUCCGAUGUGCAAUUCAAGCUCGUCCGUGAAAUGCAGGCUAACAUCAAGAGCAUCGUCAACCUCGACGACCUCGCCGCUGGCCACAACAAGCGUCGGAUCAUCCAGCAGGCCGUGUUCAAUGAGCUCUGCAAAAUUCUCGAUCCCGGGAAACCCUCGUUCACUCCCAAAAAGGGCAAACCCAGCGUCGUCAUGUUCGUCGGUUUGCAAGGAUCUGGUAAGACGACGACGUGUACGAAAUACGCGUACUAUCAUCAGAAGAAAGGAUGGAAGCCAGCGCUGGUAUGCGCGGAUACGUUCAGAGCUGGUGCUUUUGAUCAGUUGAAGCAAAACGCCACUAAGGCUAAGAUCCCUUUUUAUGGAAGCUAUAUGGAAUCAGAUCCUGUGAAAAUUGCUGUGGAAGGAGUUGAAAGAUUCAAGAACGAAAACUGUGACCUUAUAAUCGUUGACACUAGUGGGAGGCAUAAACAAGAAGCUGCACUUUUUGAAGAAAUGCGUCAAGUUUCAGAAGCAACGAAACCAGAUCUUGUUAUAUUCGUCAUGGAUAGCAGUAUUGGUCAGGCUGCUUUUGAUCAGGCUCAAGCAUUUAAACAGAGUGUUGCAGUUGGAGCUGUCAUUGUGACUAAAAUGGAUGGCCACGCAAAGGGUGGUGGUGCUCUUAGUGCUGUAGCAGCAACAAAGAGUCCUGUCAUAUUCAUUGGAACUGGAGAACACAUGGAUGAAUUUGAAGUUUUUGAUGUUAAACCAUUUGUCAGUCGUCUAUUAGGCAUGGGAGACUGGUCUGGGUUCAUGGACAAAAUUCAUGAAGUUGUUCCUAUGGAUCAACAGCCUGAACUGCUACAAAAGCUAUCAGAGGGAAACUUCACCUUGAGGAUUAUGUAUGAACAGUUUCAGAACAUACUUAAAAUGGGUCCCAUUGGCCAGGUCUUUUCUAUGCUACCAGGAUUUAGUGCUGAAUUAAUGCCAAAAGGCCGUGAGAAGGAAAGCCAGGCAAAAAUUAAGCGUUACAUGACAAUGAUGGACUCAAUGACAAAUGAAGAGUUGGAUAGCUCAAACCCAAAGCUCAUGAAUGAGUCCCGCAUGAUGCGAAUAGCUCGAGGUUCUGGUCGUCCAGUUAGGGAAGUAAUGGAAAUGUUGGAAGAGUACAAACGGCUUGCAAAGAUAUGGAGCAAAAUGAAAGGGCUUAAAAUACCCAAGAAGGGCGAAAUGAGCGCCUUAUCCCGAAAUAUGAAUGCUCAGCACAUGAGCAAAGUCCUCCCUCCUCAGAUGCUAAAACAAAUAGGAGGCAUGGGUGGGUUACAAAGCUUGAUGAAGCAGAUGGGAUCUGCUAAAGAUAUGAUGGGAAUGUUUGGCGGUGGUGAUAAGUAGAAUGUUGUUGCAUAGAAGCUGAGGAUUGUUUCUGAUCACUACCCAAACCUCUCUAAUACAUACUUCACAAGAGCUAGAUUCAUCAAAUUAUGCAGUUCACAUUGAAUUUCGGAUGAAUUUUCUGUUAAUCAAUCUGCAGCAAUCUCGAUGGGUGGAAUAGUUCAUUUCGAAAUUUUCGUUAACAGUCCUUUUGUAGAACUAAACCCCCUUGUCUGUAUAUUUUUUAGUCAUUAGGAACGCAAAGCAAUUUUAUUGUGGCCUGGAAAUUUUCUUGUAGCUGUAACAUAUUGCUCCUCUAUCAAUUUAUUGAAAAAGGUGAAGUUAAUUCUGACAGUUGGUUUUGGAUUUGCA